CUUGUUUUUCGUCCUGCGACAUAUCUUGCCACCGUUUCCUCCUCUGCCUGCCCGCAUAGACCGCCUUGUACUCUCCUCGACACUCCAGACGACGGACGAUGCUCGCUUUUGCGCCUCCCAUGCAGCAUUCGGCCCAUGCAUCCACCGUGACGGCGGUAGAUCUGCCGCACCGACCCCAGUCAUCCACGGCGGGCACCUCUUCACGUCCUCCGAUACGCCCAUCACAGCGGAAGCUGCACUCGUCCAUCAUCAUUUCCCACCAACCCGCGUCCUCGUCGUCUCAUAUUGCCGUGACUGCAGGCUCUGCCAGCAGGUCGGCGCCCCUCGAGGCUCAAGCAACCCAUCGCCCGACGCCACAGCGCACCCCUCCAUCCCACCCCAUCCCUGCCGUCGUGCGGCAGCGCCAGGAGGACGAUGACCCGCAUACACCGCCGGCCUCCGACUCGGAGGAUAAUGAGCCUGGGCAGCCGGACGUCUCGGGCGCCGAUGUUCAUAAGUACGAGCCUGAGACGCUCCUGCGAAUGCUGGCAACUGCCUUGCAACGCAUAGCCGAGUUGAAUGCUAGUAUACCUGCAGAAUCAUACAUGCCGCAGCAUGGUCACUCGCACUCGCUAGACCAUAACAAGGAUCACCAUCCUCCUAUAUGGCGGACACUCACCAGCGCGUCUCGUCACUCCCUCUCUACGACUUCCUCCCUUGCAUUUCACGCACGAAACGUGCCUACUAUUGCCCUCGAGGGGUAUCUGAACCGGAUACACAAGUAUUGCCCAGCUAGCAAUGAGGUCUUCUUGGCGAAGGAGGCAUGCGGGAAGACAUUUCCAAUCGACAUGUACAACAUCCACCGCCUUAUAAUUGCGGGUGUCACGGUAGCCAGCAAGUUCUUCAGUGAUGUGUUUUACACAAAUUCACGUUACGCCAAGGUCGGUGGUCUGCCUCUGGCUGAGCUCAACCAGCUGGAGUUGCAGUUCCUUCUUCUCAACAACUUCAGCCUCCCGAUCUCGUGCGAGGAGAUGGAGUACUACACUACCAUGGUUGACCUACAGUCGAAGAUACCCGAAGGCGUGGACCUCACCCCCUAUCUUCCAUCAUCCUCCUCCGAUGUACGGCAACCUGUGAGCCCCAUGGAGUUCUUCACCGCCGUCGACGCAUACUAUGGGCAACAUCAUUCCAUUCGCCCCUCCAUUCCUCCCCGCAACUUCGACGAUGACGAGUUCAGCCCAUACCAUUUAUCCUCACGGCGGUCUCUGCUCUCGAUGUCUGACGCGGCGAGCGAAGCGGGCACGGAGACGGACCUAGAUGGUUCGACCGACGACGAGCCGACCAUCCGACCGCCACACUCCUCGUCCUCCUCGGAGACGAUGAGUCUGCAUAGCGCCGCGAGCGGCGACGCCGACUCCAUCUUUACCCAAGACAGCGACAUGAGUCGGGAGGAGAACGGCGAUGUCAGCAUGCAGCGGCAGCCGGAGGGGACGCCUGGCAGGGAAUACAUGAUUGUGAGGACUCCGAGUUAAUGAAUGGGACUUUCUGGGUAGACGGUAGAAGCGGCAGCAUAGACUCAAGGGCAUCCCGUUUCAGGACUUGUAUUACUACUGCAUCGUUUGCUUGCACUGAUGCCGAUAUCACACAUAUUUAUAUGCAACCGUACAAUACAGUAUGCCAUGUUUACUUUUCCUAUCGUGAUGCAAAGUGUAUGCCAAUGCAAU